UAACCAGGGGAUUUACUGGUGUUUGUCCGUUCAUGCAUGUUAAUGAUGUAAAGAGGAAGGAAGCCAAGGUCUUAACUGAUCUAUUUCUAUCUCUCAUCGUGACUGGCUGACAAACAUCGUUUCUCGAGGGUGGAAUCUAGCUGCUGAUGAGGCUUCACCACAGAGACGUGAGAAGCAAUGAUGGGUUUGAGAGAAGCAGCGAGUUGCUUUGUCAUCUUCCUUCUUUCUGUGUCAGGCACCCAUCCAGAAUAGAUGGCCAUGAUGUUGCAGUGGAGAAAACGUUCUGGUUUACUAAAGUGCAGGAUGGUCAACCUGUGGAUCUGAGAUCAGCCUCUGAGUACACAGGUCGUGUGAAGUAUGACUGUGGAAACCAGGCCUGCACUCUGACCAUCACAGACCUGAGAGACAGCGACUCUGAUGUGUACCAGUUCAGGUUCACAACAAACCAACCUACUGGGAGAUUUACUGGUUCACCUGGAGUCUCCUUGUCUGUCACAGGUGUCCAGGUGCUCACCACAAAAUUAUCAGCUUGCUGGAGGGAUGACUGUUCAUGGUCACGUGUGGAGUGUCAAACCAGUUGUUCUCCAACUCCCAGUCUGUCCUACAUCUGGUUCAAGAACGGACAAAAGACAUCGGGAGAAAAAUCUUAUAACGACUACUUUUAUUCAAGAGACAGUAUUUCCUGUGCUGUGAGAGGCCACGAGGAUUUCCCCUCUGCUCCAGUGUGUGAGUUUACUUCUUCCAAUGACCAAUGAUGUUCUGCUCUUUAACCUUCUGAGCUAAAACACUGACGAGAGUCAGAAAUGGACUUGAGGGCUGAUGCAGAGUAAAACAAAUCUGACACAUCAGCUGACAUAUCAUAUAUUAAAAGAACAUUGUCAUUGAUUCAUAAGAUGUUUGUUAUCACACCUUUAUGAUAAAUAUUCUGCAGUUGAACAAUGAAUUUGAAUGACUCCAAACUAGAGUGGGAGUAGCAGUAGAGCACAUUCCUCCACCAAGGCCCAACAGUCCAUUCAAUUCAAUCAAGCUGCUCUAUAUUUCACACACUCCUCGAUAUCAGGCCUCUAAAUA